AUGAUAACACCAGGAGGGUAUGGGUGCUCCAUUGAUGGUGCUGGGAUUGGUUACCAACUUUUCUGCAACACUUCAUUUCAACCUCCCGAGCUUUUCCUAGGCACGGGUUCUAUUGAAACCGAACUUCGCAUUAAAACCAUCCAAGCAAUCAUAUGCUACAAUAAGUUCGGUAAUGUAACACUUGACAAAUCUGUUGCCUGGUCGGACAUAAGUGUGUCCAGAUUUAAAUUCUCUUACACCAAAAACGUGUUUUUUGCGAUUGGGUGUAAGUCGUAUGCAUCUAUAUAUGGACCUAACUUACAAGAUUACUCAAUCUCGUGUUCCUCAGAUUGUAAUAGCAGGGAAAGUGUGAUGGAUGGGUCUUGCUUUGGCCAAGGGUGUUGCCAGAGCACCAUCCCUAAGGGGUUAAAUAGGUAUGAAAUUGGUAUUUUAAAUUCCACAUCGAAGGACAUUUCUGCGAUUGCAUCUUUUAAUCCUUGUAGCUAUGGUUUCAUAGCUGAGCAAAAUAGCUAUACGUUCAGCGCAUCAGAUAUUUUGGAUGGAAGUAAUUUCAUAAGCAAAGGAAAGGACAUACCUAUGGUGCUUGAUUGGGCCGUUGGGAAUAAGACUUGUGAAGAAGCAGAAAAAGAUUUGACAAGUUUUGCAUGUCAAGAAAAUAGUUAUUGCAUCAAUUCUGACAACAAUCCAGGAUAUCGUUGCACUUGCAACAAUGGAUAUGCGGGGAACCCUUAUCUCAGUCCUGGAUGCCAAGACAUAAACGAGUGUGAAGCUCAAAGUCCUUGCGUAGGAAUUUGCACAAACACAAUGGGAAGUUACAACUGUUCUUGUCCGAAAGGUAGUCUUGGUGAUGGGAGAAAAGGUGGGAGUGGUUGCUUUCAAAACAAUCAAAAGUUCCCAGUGCUAAAGAUCUCACUCGGUAUUGCAUUAGGAUUUUUCUUUUUUAUUAUUGGCAGUUCUUGGUUAUACUUCAGUAUGAAUAAGAGAAACCAAAUCCUCCCCAAGGCCAAAUUCUUUCAAAAGAACGGAGGUUUACUUUUGAAUCCUAUUAUUGGGGCUUCGAAAGUCAAUGGUCUUUUGAGGCUUUUUAGGGUCACGAAAUAG